CACCUACCUAAUACCUACCUCUACCUACCUGCCUGCCCGCCUACCACCACCUCUCCACCACCACCCGCGGGCGGUGCACUCCAAUUACCCAAUCACCCACCACUCGUCUGUCUCUCCCAUUCCACCCCCUUCAAUCCAAUCAAUUCCACCCGUCCAAGUCAACUCCCUAACCUUCGACACCCACCAUCGCCGUGUCACCAUCGGCGACACUGCCACUGCCACUGCCACUCCCACUUGGUCGACCCAGCCAAUCUGCCUCCUUUGGCCGCGGCCCUCAUCGUCCGUCCGCCCGUCAGUCAGUCAGUCAGUCACUCGUUUCUGGGAAGCGUGUCGGGUCCGGCCAUCCUUUCGAAAGAGGACAAAAAAAAAAAGAAAGAGGACCAAGGAUCGAAAAGGAGGCUUAGGGGAAUCACAACCAGCCAGGCAGGCGUGUGGCAAUUCGGAUUGUCGACUUCGGAUUUUCGAUUUCGGAUAUUCACCUUCGGAUUCUGUCAAGCUCGGAUCGUCAUUCACCAAAUCGCUAAAUGACAAAGUCCGAAACGCGUUCUCGUCUGAUGUGCCUCUGACCUUAAUCUACAUGUCGCCGCCGCCUAUAUCCGUGCAUCCUCGUCGCCCAUCUUUGCCUGCUCAAGUCCGCCAUCGCCUCUGAAGUCCGAGUCGACUCUGGCCGCUCAUUUCCGCUCGACACCGGCCCGCUCCUCCUCCGGCGUCGCUGGCUCAUGCGAGUCGGCGCGCUGCUAGGCCGUCGCCAUGUUGCGCCCAGCUACUCCUCUGGCCGUGCUGCUAUUUGCCGCAUUCGCCAUGCUGUUGCUCGCCGUCCUGUCGACUCCCAUCAUUAAAGCAAUCCCUUUGGGCACGUACAAAGGGGUCAGCUUCGGCGUCUUUGGCUACUGCAACAACGGUGUGUGCAGCCCGAUAGAGAUCGGCUACGAUACGGGAAAUCUAUUUUCUCCGGUAGACUCGGCUACCUUCGACCUCCCUCCCGCGACGCGAACGACGCUAUCCGCCAUCCUCGUCGUCCACCCUGUUGCCUGCCUCUUGACGCUGGUGAUGCUCGUGCUUGCCAUUGUCGCCCACCUUCAUUCUCCUUCGCAUUCUCCCCGCUAUUUGUUGUUACUGUUUAUCUUCGGCAUCAUUACGUUUUUAGUAUGCCUCCUCUCCUUCUUAAUCGACGUCCUACUCUUCGUUCCUCACAUGGCCUGGGGCUCCUACAUCGUCCUGGCCGCCACGAUUCUGGUGUUCAUGAGUUUCAUUGUUUCGUGUGCUAUGCGUCGCACCUUAGUUAGUAGGAAGGCGAGGAAAAAGCGUAUCGCAGAAAAUGCCGAGAUGAGUGGAGAGAACUACUACAACCGCCAAGUACAACAACAGCCAGACGGUGCCUCUUCUACUGCUAUAUCCCAGCAACCAACCAUCCCUGUCGUCUCUGGAGCAAACGGACCGAGCGAUAAGCUAGCCACCUUUGCUACCUAUGAGAACAAAGACGACCGCAGCAGCGACGAGCAAAUACCUUUGACCUCCCGGACCCCGUCGAAUAGGUCCCCGAACCCGAUCCCCCCUGAUGGGACCAUGCAGAACUCGGCAUACAACUUACCGCCGCAAAGAGGAGGCUCUAACGUAUCUCUGCCGAGGGACCAGUACGGGAAUCCGAUCAACGCACCCCCGGAUGAGUAUCCGAUGCGGCGAGGGCCGUCGUUCGAGCAGAUGAACGCGAGAGGCCGCGGAGGUCCACCAGGCGGUUAUCGGGGACGAGGAGGAUACCCAAGAGGGGGUUAUGGUGGGGGAUACGGCCCGCUCCCGAAUGGAAGAGGUGGAUACGGUCCACGUGGUCGUGGUGGGUAUGGUCCGCCGCCGGGUGGGCGAGGAGGCUACGGCCCGCCCCGUGGGGGCUACGGCCCUCCCGGAAUGAUGAGAGGCGGGAGAACGCCACCGCCAACCUACCCAGGCGGCGGGCCGUACGACCGACGACCAUCUCCCGCCGGCUCGUACGGGAACUAUGCUCCGGGCCGGCAGGUAUCUCCGGGACCGCCGGGAGAUCCCUAUGGAAUGGAGCCGCCCUUGCCGCAACCGACCAUACCGAACGUCCCGCCCGAGAUGCCGGAAUCGAGUAACUACCAAGCCUAUAACCCUAGCCGAACCAGUGAGCUACCCAGAGCGGAGUCGCCGCCUCCGUUGCCAGGCAUCGACGAUGCGCAUGAAAGACCUGCUGAGCAGGCCGUGGAGACGGGUGCUCCUCCUACACAAAACCCAACACAGGCGCCGCAGGAUUCCGGCCAGUUCAACGACCGAAUUAGGGACAGCGACACCGAUGUGGCUGGGAUGUUAGCUCUGCAGCAGGCGAGAGCGUCGCCUGCCCACCGACAUGAUACCUACAUGAGCGAAGGAAGCAGGUAUAGUGUGGACGAGCAAUAUGUUCCGCCUCGACAGGUGUGGAAUCAGGGACCGGGUCGAGCCUCUCCAUCGACUGUCCCUUCGCCCCUGCACAUUCCCGCGCGUCCGCAGGAACUCGAUAACAGAACGCCCCCCCCGCAUCCACCCGCGCCGCCCCAGCCGGCACCGGUCGAGAGGGGCAAUUAUUACGAAGACGUGGAUCCUCGCUUUACGGAGCCAGCCUCUAGGUCGCUGCAGGUGGUCCCAGACGGCCCGAUAGGCUAUGACGAGAUACCUCCGGGAGCUAGGAGUCCGGCGAUUUCCGAACAAUCCGGCUUUACCUCGGUCUCGCAACGAGGCAUCAACCCUCGCUGGAACCCACCGCCGCACGCGGGCUACGAGCCGAUGCCGCGACGAAAACCGGUGGGCCGAAACGAAGUCAAUAUUCUCAACAGCAACCCCGACUUUCAGCUGCCGUCAACUCGCGGGGCAUCGAACUCGAGGAGAGGAGGCAUGAUUCCCGGCAGCGCGUACCCAGGCAUAUGAGAACCUCACACUCAUUCCUUACUUCCUUACUUCCUUUCUUCGCAUAACCGUUCUCACGACCACGGUCGAUAUAGACCGCCGUUCGGGCUACCUACACACAUAGCCCGACAUUUCUG